AGGAGGAGGAGGAGGAGGAGGAGGAGGAGGAGCGUCUAAACGAGGAGCGAUUAGAAGCUAGACGCUUCGGCCUAUGGUUUCAAGAGCUGAUGGAGUGUGAUUCAGGGUACUCGUCAGCUGACUCGUCAGCUAUCUCGUUAUAGGCGUACCGCGAUUAGUACGAGAUAUACAAACGGGCGGGGGAAGAACGCGCAAUACACAGGGGAACGAGGCUUUCGGGGAUGUGCAACCCCCGGGAGGGCGGAUCAUCAUCACGCACGAUACAGCCCGUUAUUUCAAACGUUUUCAACUACGUGGUCGGGAGAUAACAUUGCGUAUCCGCCAGCCUCACGCUGGCGCAAACGUGACAACAUGGCUUGAAGGAGCAUUCCGCGAUCUUCUGACGCAUCUCACGAGUCACUGUGAGGGUGGUGACUACGCGGGGAUCUCGUUCUCCGCGAGCUGCUUAGCGCACGGCCCCGUCUGGCUUUCAUUCCGCCCUGUCCGCGCCUAUACAUUUGUAGAUAUCUGGCAAUUAAUAACAAACAUAGCUCAAAGUGCAGCGUCUCUGGAUAUUGACAUAUAAAAGUAUGUAUCGUUAAAGGUUUGGAGGGUAGGGGGCGAAAAGGUUUGACACACGAGGGCGUUGCUAAAAAAUCAAUUUUAACGAUUCGAAAUACCGACAAUCUGUGUCUACCGCGCUCGUUAGUAACAGCACGCGCGUACGCGGAAAGGGGUGAGAUACGCUCGGGGGCUCUGCAUUCUAGAUGGCAGCGUAUACGACAGAUUAACGGGUCGCUUCAAAAAGAGGCGGCGCUUGAGCUCACGAGAAGCGCAAAUGUUGUUAUACAACCCGCUGGCUGCGGUAUGCGCGAAAUUGCUAUAUACCAGAAUUAUUUGGCUCGCGAGGGGUUAGCUAUCGUGGUUUUCGAGUUUUUGACUUUGGGGCGACGCGAAAGACCGGUGUUUGACGGUACACAGACGGUUAUGGAUACAGUAGGCUCAGUCCGGCACACGUUAUACAUUCUGUAUUAUGAGCGGUCGCAUCAUUUCCAGCCUAUCUUGAAUCUGCGUGGUGCUGUAGGCAGCUUAAACUUCUGCGCAAUCUGUAACGUCCGUUCUCGUCGGGAUCAUAGAUGUUUAAAAAAGAAAUGCCCUCGCUGCCUUCAAGCACCGCCCUGCGCUCUGGGAGCAGCUGCCGCGAUCAGAUGCGAGACAUGUAACCGCGAUUUUUUUGGGGAGCAAUGUUUAGAAAAUCACAGGGCUGUUACCAUCCGUCGUAAACACAGGGUAAACACUGUUUGCGAGUCUCUUCAGCGGUGCCGUAACUGCUUUCGCGCGAUAAGACCUUUAGAGAAAAAGACGCAUGUGUGCGGGGAGGGUUUCUGUAAAACGUGUAAAUCGCGGCACCCCUAUAAUCGCCUGUGCUAUAUGAGGCCUAUUCGCGUCGAUGAGAGGCCAAUAGAGAACAUAUUCAUAUUCUAUGAUUUUGAAACGCAGCAGUGUACCCCUGUAAAAGGUGAUCCUACAACGCGCGUUCACGAACCGAAUCUUUGCGUAGCUCAACGUGUCUGCACCAAGUGCUGCGAUAAUGCUUCUAUAGACGAGCCGUGCGAGCAUUGCGGGGAUCACGAGUUUAUAUUUAGGACGAACCCUGUGUGUCAACUUGUGGAGUUAGCCAUACGGAGUAUGCCGAACUUCUCUCACGUAUUUUUAAUAGCCCAUAACGCCGGUGGUUUCGACGCCCAGUUUAUCCUGCGCUACCUCAUCGAGGAGAAAAAAACGCAGCUCCCUUCUUUAAUAAUGAACGGCACUAAAAUCAUCACAAUGCGCAUUGGCAAACUCGUGUUUCUCGACAGCUUGAACUACUUUCACAUGCCUCUGAGUGCACUGCCUAAAUCUUUCGGUCUAAAAACUGCUCUCGCCAAAGGAUCUUUUCCGCAUCUGUUCAAUAGGCCCGAGAAUCAAAAUUAUAUUGGGCCGAUGCCGCCUGCGGCCGAUUACUCUCCCGACACUAUGCGCCCGGAGGAACGCGAGCGUUUUUUUGCAUGGUAUAACGAGUUAAAGAAUGCCUCUUAUGUAUUUAACUUUUCAAACGAGCUCAUAACCUAUUGUAAAAACGACGUUACGAUAUUGAGACAGGCCUGUGUGGUUUUCCGGAAAAUGUUCAAGGACAGCGGACGCGUUUGCCCGUUUAGCGAAAACACAACAAUCGCGUCCGCCUGCUUUCAAAUCUUUCGAAAAAAUUUUUUAAAACCUAACACGAUCGGUAUUAUACCUACGGGCGGUUACAGAUGGGCUCACAAUCAGUCAAAAAAAGCGGUCUCUUGGCUCGUGUGGAUGGAGCAUUCUUUAAAUCGUCGUAUCAUUCACGCAGGACGCUCGCGCGAGUUUAAAUUGCCUCAAAAUUUAUUAGUAGACGGUUACUACGAAACACCUGAUUCAGCCCACGUGUUACAGUUUCACGGUUGCUAUUGGCACGGGUGUUUGAGCUGUUUCACUGUAAACAGAGACCGUGUACAAAGCGACGGUGAUACACUGAACGAGCGUCUCGAGAGAACAAACGCUAUAUCGCAGAGAAUCCGCUCAAGCGGCUACACGUUAACCGAGAUUUGGGAGUGCGCGUAUGACCGGAUGAUAAAAACAGAUUUAGAGAUGAGCGCUUUUGUGAGUGAUCACCCUCUGGUUCGAGCGGAGCCUCUCAAUCCGCGCGAUGCUUUUUUCGGUGGUCGCACGGAAAACAUGGUCACUCUGUACGACGUGAAAGACGGGGAGCAGAUACGAUAUGUUGACGUUUGCUCUUUGUACCCAUACAUCUGCAAGUACGGCAAAUAUCCGGUGGGUCAUCCAACGGUAUACGUCGGCGACGAGUGCAGGGCGCUGACAGGUCCCGAAAAUAAUAUCAGUCUUUCCCGCGUCGAGGGCCUUGUUAAAUGCACAGUGCUUCCACCGCAAAAUCUUUAUCAUCCGGUGCUGCCGGUGCGAAUGCAUCAGCGCCUGUUAUUCGGGUUAUGUCGUAGCUGCUGCGAAACAAUGAACCAGGACGCGUGUCCUCAUGAAGACCCCGCGGAGCGUGUGUUUAGCGGUACUUGGGUAGUGGAUGAAUUGCGAAAAGCUAUUGCGUGCGGGUAUAAAAUAUUAACCGUGAGCGAGAUUUGGCAGUAUAAGAUAACGCAGUACAACCGCGAUACACAGAAGGGGGGCCUUUUCACCGGGUACAUAAACACUUUUCUUAAAAUCAAACAAGAGGCUAGCGGUUGGCCCGAGGGUUAUGCAGAUGACGAGGCUGCCCAAGAGCGUUAUAUAACUGCUUUUAAGACAGCCGAAGGGGUUCAGCUGGAGCGGGGUGCGGUAGCGAAAAACCCGGGGCUGCGCUCGGUAGCCAAACUUUGUCUUAACUCCUUUUGGGGUAAAUUUGGACAACGCGAAAAUUUACCGCAAACAGAAAUAGUAUCGACACGCGAAAAACUUAUGGAGCUGCUAAAUAGCCCCGAGCACGAGAUCACUGGUAUGCUACCUGUUAACAACCAGGUGCUGUAUGUUAAUUAUACGAAAACCAGUGAUGCUGUAAUACCGUCUAAUAUAGCAAAUACUGUCAUAGCUGCAUACACCACAGCCCAAGCCCGUUUAAAACUUUACACCUAUCUCGAACCGCUGGGUAAGCGUGCUCUGUACUGCGACACCGAUUCCGUUAUUUAUGUCACGAGAAAAGAGCCUGGAGAGUAUGAACCGCCAACGGGUCAAUUGCUAGGGGAUUUAACCGACGAGCUAAGCUCUUACGGCGAGGGCAGUUACAUUAAGUCUUUCAUCUCAGGCGGCCCUAAAUUUUAUUCUUUCAUAGUUAAUACGCCGAGCGGCGCGGAAAGCGAGGUUUGCAAGGUUAAAGGCAUAACGCUGAAUUACGCAAACAGCUCGCUGAUAAAUUACGAAUCAAUACGGUCAUUUAUAAUAGGUGAGAGAGAAAAUCCUGUUGUACUACAGUUUGAUUCAAUACGUCGUACGCCGUUCCACCAGGUUGUCACACGACCCGAAAAGAAAUCGUGCAUGCCUCUGAGCGUCAAGCGAAGACGUGAUGGCGAAUACGGCUCGCUCCCUUACGGCUACAAGUAACCGUUUAUAAAAACUCUCGCUUUAAACAUUGUUAAGCAGCGUUGUAAAAUAUCUAUGUUAUUACUGUAAAAUAUUUAUACUGUUACCGGAAAAUAAAAGCUCUAUACAUGUUUCAA